GCACUACAUGCGACAAACUCCUUGCACACACGUACUCUGCACCAAUCUCCAGAUAAACAUUCGACUUGUCAUUGACAUUGACAUUGAAACUUUCGAAUUGAAUUCAGUUCAUCUUUUCAAUGGCUUUUAACGCAGUGGCAAGAUAUGUCAACCGAAGUAGCAGAAUCCCUUCCAUAUUUGGGUACUCUAACCAGCUUUCAGUGCGAUGUUUAUCAGGGACGCCGCAGUGCUCCAGUAGCAACCCUUCAGAUAAGUAUGAUAACUUGAAAGCAGUGAAGACACCUAUGCUCCCUCCUGACACCUAUAAGGGCAAGAAAAUAUAUAUGACGGGAGGAGGAACAGGAUUUGGCAAGACUAUGACUAAAACAUUUUCUGAGCUUGGAGCUGAGGUUGCCAUUGUCAGCAGGUCUGUAGAUGUUUUAAAGAAGGCAGCUGAAGAGAUCUCCGCUGAGACCGGAAACCCUGUCCAUCCAAUCCAAGCUAACAUACGAUCCGAUCCUGAAGCUGUUAAAUCCUCUGUAGAUCAGUUUGUAGAGAUCUGCGGGGGACUUCCAGAUGUCGUCGUCAAUAAUGCUGCUGCUAACUUUGUGGCUCCUACAGAACGACUGUCUCCCAAUGCUUGGUUUACGAUCGUCGACGUGGUACUGAAUGGAACAAUGUAUGUGACGCUAGACAUCGCUAAGAGACUCAUCGAGGAGCAGAAAGGAGCAAACUUCUUGACUGUGAGUACCACCUAUGGCUCAUAUGGAUCACCCUUUGUAGUUCCCAGUGCAGCUGGUAAGAGUGGUAUAGAGAACAUUACAGGUGAUUGUUAAGCCAUCCUAUGUUUAGCGGUAGAAUGGGGCCGGUACGGGCUGCGCUUCAACACUAUGUCUCCAGGACCAGCCUACACAGAGGGAGCCAUGAGCAGGCUUGAUCCUACAGGGGAUUCCUUGCAAACCAAGAUCUCAGCCACUCCCAUUGGUCGCCUAGGAGAGUUAGAGGAGAUAGCCAACCUUGCAUCCUACAUCUGCAGUGACUAUGCAAGCUGGUUCAAUGGAGAGAACUUUAUCAUGGACGGUGGGCUUACGCUACAGGCUUCAGGAAUGUUCAGUGGAUACCUUAAGCUGAGUAAAGACGACUGGGAUCUGGCUGAAUCACUGAUCAGGAAGACCAAGGGCACCAAAUGAAACCACCGCAUGACUGUCACAUGAUACCGCAUGACUGUCACAUGACUGUCACAUGAUACCGCAUGACUGUCACAUGACUGUCACAUGAUUGAAUAUAUGACUGUCUGACUGUAAUCAGUAUGAUCAGAAUGGAAUGUCAUGAAAUUGUGGAUGAUGCACAAAAUAUCAAUCUUGUUGCCAUUCUCUGAAUUAUGAUAACAUGGAUAAUGUGCUUUUUUAAUUUCAAAAGAUUAUCCUGAAUCAUAGUUAUAAAAAGCAUAUGAAAUAUCCGAAUGAAUUAAUUUCGUUUUGCAUUUGCUUGAUGCCAUUUCACGGUGUUGAAUAAUGAGAAUUUAUUUAGAAUGACAUGGCAAGAAAUAUUAUAGCUUCAAUUGAGAAUGGCUUUGCUUACCUAAGGGAAUUUCUUUUAGAAAGAUAACUUCAGCCAAGCAAUUACUAGAUGCUUUUUGCGAAAAGCUAACAACGCUCUGAAAUAUUAUUUUGCAUAAACAUAUUUUUAAAACAUAAGUGUUUAUUAGUUAUUACAUGAUUUGAAAUUAAAUUAAUGUUUAUUGUGAAAGCUGAUGAGUUCUGAUAAUGGAAUUAAUUUGAGAGAAGAAAAAGCUCAUUAAUUGAUUAUCAUACAAUAGAUAUGUUUCUAGACCAACAAAUCAGUAGCAAACUGAUGAAACUGCAUGGUCAGAAAUAACAUUCCCAAACUAUUACCUGAUACCCUGGGGCGGUAUUCUGAACCCUGUGUUAUCUCUAAUAUUGUUGUAUCUUUGGAGAUAAGAUAAAGAUGGUAUUCUGAA